GGUCCUUCGGCGGGGCAUGUGAUUGGCGCGGGGCCGGCGAUCCGGCUGCCGCCGCGGCUCCCUAGUGUCUAUAGAGGUGAUGGCUCCGGGAGGCUUGCACUGGGCUCGCAAGGCGCUGGCUGCGGGGCGCCCGCUGUUCCAGGGCCGCGCGCUGCUCGUAACCAACACGCUGGGCUGCGGCGUGCUCAUGGCCGCGGGCGACGGCGCGCGACAGGCCUGGGAAGUGCGCGCGCGGCCUGGGCAGAGAUUCAGCGCGCGGCGCUCAGCCAGCAUGUUCGCGGUGGGCUGCAGCAUGGGACCCUUCCUGCACUUCUGGUACCUGUGGUUGGACCGCCUCCUCCCCGCGUCGGGCCUACGAAGCCUCCCGAGUGUGUUGAAGAAGGUGUUAGUGGAUCAAACGGUGGCAUCUCCCGUACUGGGCGUCUGGUACUUCCUGGGCCUUGGCACCCUGGAAGGUCAGACACUAGAGGAGAGCUGCCAGGAACUGCGGGCCAAAUUCUGGGACUUCUACAAGGCUGACUGGUGUGUGUGGCCAGCUGCCCAGCUGGUGAACUUCCUCUUCAUCCCUUCUCAUUUCCGAGUCACCUAUAUCAAUGGACUGACACUGGGCUGGGACACAUACCUGUCCUAUCUGAAGUACUGGGUGAGCUCAACCCCAUGGAGUUGGGGAGGGCGUGGGUUCCAGCCUGUGCCUGUGUGACCUUCCCUCUGCUGCAUACAGGCCCCUGAACCCCUUCAGACUCCGGGCUGUGCAGACUGAGCCUGAGCCUGAAGCCCAUGAGAUGAGUUGGUCGACGGACACGCUCCUACAGGAAGCAGGAGGUUCCAAAGCAGGUCAAAAGCCCUGGGCCAUGUCCAAAACCCGGGCUGACUGUGCCUGGAUCAGAGACUGUUCCCGUGUAGAACAGUCGCCAGCAUCGGCUUUCCCCCCCAGCUCUCCACUGGGACCAUGAAGUCCUCGGUCUGCCUGGACAAAAGCAAGGAUGUGCUUCCUGGCCUUGAAGUGGGGUCUGAUUUGGCCUCAGAAAACUUGAUGCUAGGCUGGGCAGUGGUGCGGAAAUUCAUUAAAUUCUCUCUUUAAUG